AUGACAAGACCACAUGCGUCACUGGUGUCACUCCAUCCCUUCAACUCUGGCCAUCGAAGAAGAAAGACGACCAUGUCACUCGGAUCCCGCAAUACAACACCUUGCUCUCGGCUGGAAAACCUACCGCCGGAAUUACGCUACAUGAUCUACUCACACCUCCUCACCGAUCGAAAGGAACAGAGACUAUUCCAUCCUCUUGCGCACGUAUCCAAGCAAAUCUCCGCCGACUUUGGCGACACCAUCACCCGCCUUCUCGGCAACAAAGCACAACUUACUGUGGAAAUCAAGAACAAAACGGUAUACUUCGAGCUCGGCUUCCACAUUUCCGUGUCUGGAGAAGCUAGGUUCCAAGACGCAGUCACCGGCAGUGAUUCAAGAUUUGCUUUCCACACGGGAUGGAAUGUGUUCCGCGGAUCUGAGGCUGGGAGACAGAUGCUGGCGAGAACAAUGAGGGUGAUGCUAAGGUGGCCAUCCUUGAAAACUACCUUUUGGAUCAUCUUUGAGGCUGAGACUGCGCCGGAUGUGGAUGUGGAGUGUAGAUGCAGGCUUUCUGUUGAUGCGAGAACACGCGUGGCGUCCGAAGAUGCGGAGAAGAUGCUGGAGAGAGUAGCUAAGGACUGGAGAGGUAAUGAAGAGGCGAACUCGGCUGUGUGGACUGAUGCGUUCAUCAGGGAUUUGAGAUGGAGGUGGAAGGAGCUGAGGAACAACGUCAGAGAAGCCAAGAGAAGGGAAGCCUACAGGGAAGCUGGGUUGCGUAGAGUUUACAGAGAACUCCAUCAGCGGCAGGAGUUGUGUAGAUCCAGUGGGCCAGUGGCCCCUUCAAAGACUCUCAUGGGACGAGGUCCAACUGAGUCUGAUGAACUCCCCAGAAACAGCAGCCUAGAAACAGUUGGCGACUGA